CGUACGAGCAGCUGAAACGGAACAUUAUCUUUGACUGUUCGUGUGAGAAGAGCGAAUCUAACGACAAAGAAAUGGCAGAAGUUGCUCCAGCCCCAGCUGCAGCCGCCCCGGCUAAGGCUCCCAAGAAGAAAGCCGCAAGCAAGCCCAGGAAAGCGGGGCCCAGCGUUGGAGAGUUGAUCGUGAAGGCAGUUUCUGCUUCUAAGGAGAGAAACGGAGUCUCUUUGGCUGCUUUGAAGAAGGCUUUGGUCGCCGGUGGCUAUGACGUAGAGAAGAACAACUCACGUGUGAAGGUAGCGGUUAGGAGCCUGGUGACCAAGGGUACCUUGCUUCAGACUAAAGGAACCGGUGCCUCUGGCUCAUUUAAACUCAACAAAACCCAGCCUGCUGCGAAGAAGCCCGCCAAGAAAGCGGCUCCUAAAGCUAAGAAGCCAGCUGUGGCCAAGAAGGCAGUAGCGAAGAAGCCUGCGGCCAAGAAGUCGCCAAAGAAGAAGCCUGCUGCAGCCAAGGCGAAGAAGAGCCCUAAGAAACCCAAGAAGCCGACAGCAGUGGCUAAAAAGGCGGUAAAGAGUCCGAAAAAAACCAAGAAGCCGGCAGCAGCAAAGAAGACGACCAAGAGCCCUAAGAAGGCAAAGGCGGCCAAGCCAAAAGUUGCCAAACCCAAGAGCGUCAAAGCGAAGAAAGCGGCUCCCAAGAAGAAGUGAGCGCGUACACUAAGCUAAUUUCACAAGCAUCAAAGGCUCUUUUAAGAGCCACCCACAACUUCUUGAAAAUGCAAGUUUUUUCCAUUUUAGCAGAAUAUACAUAAUUGUAGAUUGGUCCUGUGCUUUUUUUGGGGGGACACGCAUAAUGUUGCAUACUGGCACCCUGUGUUCAAACGUAAGCUAACUUGCUAAGUUUCUCUAAACUCAAUAAUUCAUAAUGAUUGCUAUAGGUGAAUGGGUAUCAAUAUAAGGGCUAGAGUUACGUAAUAUUGAGUGGAAUUCCUAUCAGUCUGAAUUACCCUGCAUUGUUGUGUAAAUAUCUGCAGUCGUAAAUAGCCUGUCGCUGGUUUGAAUGCGGCAGCAAAAUGACCUAAAACAUUUUAAAUUACUGAUUACGCAACUGUUGUAGAGAAACGCCCAAUUAUAAACGGAUUUUUGUGCUGAUUACCGAAGUGCAUUUGGGCCAAUCCUCAAUAAGGCUUUCCACUCAAAGUGCGGAAAGUGGGCUUUGCUAUAGUGCGCCUUUUACUUUCAUACCAGGUUUCAAUCAGGUCGUCUUAGCUUGGGCGUAUGAAUCGUAGCUGGUUUGGAAGAUGUUGGACUUGAAACAUUUGAAGACGAACAAUCAGAACACGAAAAUAUUUCAGUAGAGCCAAGCACAAUCCUUUCCUGGCAAAAAUAGUCAGAAGCAAAAUGGAUGACAGAAGCCCCACUGUCCACCAUGUUCCAGAUAUCAGAGCCUUUGAAAACGUGACAAUUUGUUUUUAUUCUUUAAAAUAUGAUUCCAUUUUAUUACUAACACUACCAACUUUUUAUAUGAAUUUUGUUUGAUAUUUAUGUUUUUUGUAAAUAUGUAUAUCAUUUUGUAUUUAUCUUAAUUUGCUAGUUUAUGUAUUUGCUUUAUUAUAAGUGUUUUUAACCAAAGAUCAAUAAAGUUUGUUUUUAAUAAGAUAAUUUAGAAAAGCUAACAAUACUGUAUAGGUGUAACACACAUAGAGAACCAGAUUGCCACAAAUAAAAACUACCCCCACCCCACACUGGCCAAGAAAACAAAGCAAUGUAAUAUUAAUAUAAUAUAAUAUUAUAUAAUAUAAUAUAAUAAAAGGUGGUGCAGUGGUUUUGAA